AUGUUGCAUCAAUAAACUUUCUCACAGCAAAAUGUAAAAGUAAAACUAAAUAUAAGGAACUACACCCAUAUUGCAGAGUGAGGACGUGGGACAAAGGAAGGUUACAUUGUGAUGGGGUUCUAAAACAAAAAGUGGUUUUAUUGCGGUUAAUUGCUUGUAAACCCCUGAAUUUCCACAAAUUCAAUAUUAAUAAAUGGAAUAUUUGUUAAUAGAAUAAAUAAAGAAAAACUGUUUAUUUUUUUGAUGUGAAAAAACACCCCAAUAAGCACCUUUUACACUAUUAUUUUUUCUGCGUUGAAUAAGUUUGACCUGGAAGAAUUUGACUAGGCUGCACAGAGCCCUGAUCCCACAUCAGUCACCUCUGAACUUCCCUGCACAGACAAACUUGUUGAUGUAAAAUGGCUUCACUCGAAAGACAAUCUGAGUCAUAUAAAUGUCAUCCAUUUCUGUAUUUCAGGUUGCAGUCAUCUUGUUCUCUUGUGCAGGGCUAACCACACGGACCCAGACCACAGGUGAAGAGUUUCACAUCAGCCUGCAAGCAUAUUAAAGGACACAAGCUGCAAGUGAAGGCGACACUUUAUAUUUACAUUUUUUGCAUGUUUCUUGGAAGGUUUUUGACAACAAAGUUAGCUUCCUAUUUUAGUCUCUGCUGAAAUGAGUUGUGCCAUGCAGAAAGGAAGAGAGGCUUGCAACAGGUGGAGACGUUUGCAAACAGUCCUGAAGAGCCAGAGAGCCCACAUGAAGUGAAGCAGCUCAAAGCAUGGCGGAUCACAGUCCAGUUAACGGGACAACUGCUGAUCCAUGGAGGAGCAGAAAGAGGAAAACGUUCCUCCUCGACCAUCUUCGAAGCUGUCAGAAUGCCUGGUGUCCCAUGGCGCCCUGGGAUAGAGAGCAGGCCCAUUCUGCCCUCUGUGGAACAUCUGCUGGGAGUUUUGUGGUUGUGCGGGAUGGUUUGACAUCUCUGCCCAGUUUGCUGUGUGUGUCUGCAGAAGGAGACGAUGAAGCGGUACUUGAUUAUGAUAUCACAUGGACAGGCACAGUAUUCCACCUCUCUGGGUCUUUUCUUUCUUUCUCGGAUUUGGCUCAACUGGUGUUCUUCUACUCUUUGAGCAGGGACGUGUUGGCCCUCUGUCUAAAGAUACCUCGUUGGAUCUACAAUGUAACUGGGACCACCAAGGACGGUCUUUCCCAGCUUCAACCCAAAACCUGGCUCAGCUCACCACCUGACCAGAUGUCUGAUGAUGGGAACCAGUUGGAGCCAAACAUCAUAAUGUGCUCCAUACAGUUAACCUCCACCAACGGUGCUUUGUGUGUCAUCAACCCGCUCUACCUUCUCGAGCAUGGAGAUGAUUGGCUUACACAUCAGGCAACCAGUGUGCAGAGCGCCACACAGCCGUCGCACUACAAGCGAGAGAGGCGCCUCAGUUCCACACGAAUAUGGGCCGGGGCGGGUCUGAGGAGCAAAAGAGCAAUCUCCGUGGACCACGAAGCUGUCUUUGGCAUGGUCAGAGCCAAAUCAGAAGAAACGCCACCAUCCUCCUCGAUGUCAGCCAUCCAAGGAGGUGUAAUCCUGAGGAGAUCCACCCAAAGUUCCAACUCCAGUCUUUCUAACAGAGGUAGCACAGGAAGCUUGCCUCCGUCUUCCAACCGCGGCAGCCCUGGACCUCAGUCCCCUCACAGGGUCUCGUGGAUCGAGGACGGAUUCUGGCUGCCGUCAGCCAGCAGGCCUUCGUCUUUACUUCAUCCACCAUCCCCUGAGCUGGACUCGCUGUCUGUGAGCAGCAUAGAAGAAGAGCAGGAACAUCGGCCGCCGAGUCCGACAUCCCACCACCCGUCAGCCCACCGGCUGGCGGACAAAGUCAUGAAUCGGCUCUCAGCGGUCGGCCAGGCUCUCGGCAGUCUGGUGUGUCAGAAGAGGAGGCUGACCAAUCGCGUUGUGGAGCUGAGCGACAGGAAACGCGGACCAUUUGCAACAGCCGUCAAGGAAUUUGUGGAGGUGACGCUGCAGCGAGGAACGGAUGGCGGUGACUUCACGGGGUCAGAGUUCUUACAGGAAGUCAGGUCAUUGUUGACAUCACUGAGGGAGACUCUUCUGGAUUACCCUGAUAUCCAGACACUUUUGGACAGCAUGACAGACCUGAGUGACUCGGAGAUAGAUCCCCUGCUUGAGAUCUCGGUGCACAAGGUGGCUUUAAAGCCCGUUUCGGCUCACCUUUACUCCUGCAUUCACAUCUGGCGUACAAAUGACGGAAGUUUGCAGCGUCUGGAGCACAAUCGGCGUGUUCUGGAAGACAACGGCGUGGAGGCGCUUGGAGGGGCGGCAGGUGUUGGCGUUCCAGAUUCAGUCACCCUUGAGCGGAUCCAGCAAAGGUGGACGAGCAUGCACGAGGCCUACUCCCCCAACAAGAAGGUCCAUAUCUUGCUGAAAGUCUGCAAGACGAUCUACCACAGCAUGAGUGCCAACGCCAGUUCAGAUGUGGUAUUAGGAGCGGAUGAUUUCCUGCCGUGCCUGACCUGGGUGCUGUUGCGGAGUGAGCUGCUCAACUUGCAGAUUGACACGGACUACAUGAUGGAGCUGCUGGACCCCACACAGCUUCAGGGAGAAGCUGGCUACUACCUUACAACCUUGUACGCCGCUCUCUACUACAUCAGCAGCUUCCAGCCUCGCUUGGCCGCCCGUCAACUUAGCGUCGAAGCCCAACACUCUCUCAGCCAAUGGCACCGCAGGCGCACCCUGCACAGCAACCAAUCCCGUCACAGUCAGCGCAGAUGGACCACUCGCAGACACGCUUGUCCUGAGAAGCCCGUGCAGGUAGGUGAUGGAGACACUGGGGAAGUAGGAGGAGGCAUGAUGGAGGAUCCACAGACGCAGACAGAAAUGGACGCGAAUGAGAUGGUGGACUCUGAACAGCAGGAUGGCCGGGAAGGUGAAAAAGACACCACAUGAGCAUUGGAUUAAAUAUGUACGCAUUAUCUGCUUGUAAAUGGUAAUGCUUUAAUUCAUUUUUAACAUGAGUUACAUGUGAGUAGAGUACCUUACGCAGUACAGUUCACAGUCUCCGCAUGUCCAAAAAGGAGUACAGGAAGCAAUUUGGCUGCCAUUAUUUUGAGUAUCUUUGCCAACAAUAACCAAUAUAACAAUGUGAUGCAAUAACAGUCAUGAUAUAUACACUUACUACAAAUUGUCAUACACAUUGCAGCUUAUUAUAAAGUUAUAAUACACACCAUGCACAUGAAUAACCCUUGUAUUCUCCUCUACAACAUGAAAAUACAUAUUACUACAUUAUAUUCUUAAAUGUACAAAAUGAUGAUAUACGCCAGAUUUUAUAUUAAGGGUGCAUAUAUCCAUACCCAUAUUUUCAUACCUGAAUCAUAACCAUGUUGAAUUUGUAGCAAUUUAACAGUAAAUAAGCAAAGAAUAAUAAAUGGUAAAACACAUUAUGCCGUUGCAAUGAUGUUUCUCUACCACUAGAGAGCAGUAAUAGGCCCUUAGUGAACUAUAGCAGGGUUUCUCAAAUUGUACUCAGGCCAUGCACUCUUAUUUCAAUCAAACAAAGAAAAUUACUCAAUAUUAAUACUCAUUACAUGUCUAAAGUGCAUUAGUGACGCUUCAUUAAGGAAAUGUGGAUGAAUUUGUAGCAAUUUGAUCGUAAAUAAGCAAAGAAUAAUAAACGGUAAAACACAUUGUGCCGUUGCAAUAAUGUUUCUAUACCACUAGAGGGCGGUAAUAGGCCCUGAGUGAACUAUAGCAGGGUUUCUCAAAUUGUACUCAAGUCAUUAAAAGUGGACCAUGUACUCUUAUUUCAAUCAAACAAAGAAAAUUACUCGAUAUUAAUACUCAUUACAUGUCCGAAGUGUAUUAGUGACGCUUCAUUAAGGAAAUGAGGAUGAAUUUGUAGCAAUUUGACAGUAAAUAAGCAAAGAAUAAUAAAUGGUAAAACACAUAAUGCCGUUGCAAUGAUGUUUCUCUACCACUAGAGGGCAGUAAUAGGCCCUGAGUGAACGAUAACAGGGUUUCUCAAAUUGUACUCAGGUCAUUAAAAGUGGGCCAUGUACUCUUAUUUCAAUCAAACAAAGAAAAUUACUCGAUAUUAAUACUAAUUACAUGUCCAAAGUGUAUUAGUGACGCUUCAUUAAGGAAAUGAGGAUGAAUUUGUAGCAAUUUGAUAGUAAAUAAGCAAAGAAUAAUAAAUGGUAAAACACAUUAUGCCGUUGCAAUGAUGUUUUUACACCACUAGAGGGAAGUAAUAGGCCCUGAGAAAUUGUACAAAUUGUACAAAUUGUACUCAGGUCAUUAAACGUGGGCCAUGUACUCUUAUUUCAAUCAAACCAAGAAAAUGAACAUAGGAUGAAUAUGCACACAAUUAAAUAUUAAUAUUGCUCAACUUAAGAUGACAAAAUGAGCUAUUUGAUUUGUGUAUAUAUCAUAUAUCAAGGAGGAAGCUGACUAAAAUAUUGCUCAAGUUGACUUACCCCUGCUGGUCAUUACAAAAACUGCAGCUUCCUGUGACCUUUAUGUUCAAAGUAUUUCACGUAUUAGUACACAGAAUCCAACAAAUGAGUCCUUCUCGUCUUCUGAUCCGUCGAGUUAUCUCAUCAAUAACGUGUCCGCGUCGGAAAAGUGUUGCCGUUAUAUUUAAUGGAUGCACAUAAAUUAUGUCGGCACACAUGUCAAUAGUUAUACGCGGGGCCUCUUAUGGAAAUGAAACACACAAACAGGCUCUAUGUACACACAUAUGGAAGCGUCUUAUCGCUGCAUUCUUAAUGACCCAGCCAAUCAAAUUUGCUUAAUGAGACAUCUGGCUUUCUGCCUGCAUGUUGAUGUCAAGCACAGAAACAGCUGGCUAGCACACACACACACACACACACACACACACGGACAAAACUUUAGAAUGGGUUUGGAAGAGAAUUAUGGCUUAAAAUAUACUCAUACAGUGUGUCACUCUACCAUAUAUUUCAUAUGCAAUAUAUUAUGCAUACGCGAGUAUGUGUAUAAAA